GAGCUAUCUGAGUACAGUACUUUUUGAUUGUGGAUGAUGUGAAUUUUGUGACAAUGGGAUGAAAAUUACUGUGUUAAGCAUAGUGUUUCUUACUUUAUGUUUAUCAUUUUUUCAUGGUCUGAGAGAUGGCAGGAGGAGUUUAUUGCAAGUUUUUGAGUUUGGAAAUGGCCUAAUGGAUGCAGUUACAGCCAGAGUUAGCAGAAUUGUGAUGGUUGCUGGCAGAAAUAAGUUUCAAUUCUGAACCUAAGGUUGAGAAUUCCAUCACCGCCACUAUAUCCUAAUCAAAGAUAGACAAGCAUCCUAGUCAAAGAUAGACAAGCAUCAUGUGGUUCCGUGGUGGUCAGGUCGGGCCGAGGAGUUUAUGUUUUAGCUUGGUGCUUCAUGAGCAGAUCAGCUCACCUGCUAGUACAUAUAUUUUGCCUUGAAGCGAAGACAGUAGCUUGACGAGAAAGCCAAAUACUGAUGAGUAAUAAUCUAUUAUCUAUGCCAAUUUUGUCUGUCCUGUUCAGUAGAGGUAAACAUUGCAACUGAAGCAUGGAACGCUUUAGCAAUGACUGAUACAAUUUCACGAAAGUUUCAAUCAGAUUGUGCUUAUAGCGGUCUUGAUACUCAAACUUAUUCUUUGAGGACUAAGUUGUAGACUUCAUCUAUAAUCAGAUGUUGAGGCCACAAGACAUAAAUAUGCUAUUUACUACCAACCAACGAGAAUGAAAAAUGGCCUUAUAAGUGGAGAACACCAAAUCAGGACCAGUAUAGCUGAACAGGCCAUUUUGGUUCAAAGAGGGCAGCCCACCCCAAUUUGAGAUCCAGUUUAAUUAAAAAAAACGAAAAAAUCCAGAGACGCAACGAUCUUGAAAGUUGAAACUGGCCGGAAACCCCACGCUAACCUUCUUUCACUUUCUAUUUCGGCAAACACGUCCCCUUGAAAUGUUUAUUCAAUAUCCCUCGCUGCUCCUGGAGCUUGCGAAGUCCCAUCAAACGCUAUCAAUAACCAAGCAGUUACAUGCUUCGAUCACCAGAGUCCACCUCUCACAUGACUCGUUUUAUGCUACUAAAAUUCUAAGAUUCUACGGCUUGAACAAUGACCUUCGCUCUGCUUGCAACCUGUUCGAUAAAACUCCUCAACGCAGCGUUUUCCUCUGGAAUUCCAUGAUUCGAGCUUUUGCCCGAGCCCACAAAUUUGAUGAAGCGCUAUCGCUGUAUACAAAGAUGCUAGGAACCCAAAUCAGACCCGAUAACUUUACUUAUGCGUGUCUUAUACGAGCGUGCCAUGAAAACUUUGAUCUGGAUGGUUUGAGACUUGUACAUGGAGGAGUAAUUGUUUCUGGGUUGGCAUUGGAUUCUUUUUCCUGUAGUGCACUGGUGACAGCUUAUUCAAAGAUGGGCCUUGUUAGCGAAGCAAGCAAGGUGUUUUCCGGGGUAUCUGAGCCGGAUUUGGUUCUAUGGAAUUCUAUGAUUUCUGGCUAUAGUUUUUGUGAAUUUUGGGCUGAAGGGUUGCGGUUGUUUAAUAGGAUGCGAGAGAAUGGGAAGCAGCAGCCAGAUGGUUACACUUUGGUUGGGAUCAUCUCAGGUUUUAUGGAUUUUAGUCAGCUGGGAAUUGGCCUAGGGAUUCAUGGGCUGUGCUUGAAAAGUGGUUUUGAUUGCAGUGCUUAUGUAGGCAGUGCACUUGUAAGCAUGUAUUCAAGAUUCAAAUGCAUGAAUUUAGCAUAUGGUGUUUUUAUCAGCUUAUGUCAGCCUGAUUUAGUUGCAUGGUCUGCUCUGAUAACUGGAUAUUCUCGGUAUGGAGAUCAUAAGAAGGCACUGUUUUUCUAUAGGAAUCUAUCCGUGGAAGGCAAGAAGUCAGAUUCCAUUUUGAUUGCCAGUAUAUUGGUGGCUGCUGCCCAUUUGGCAGAUGUAAGGUGUGGUUCUGAGAUACAUGGUUAUGUUCUUCGACAUGGAUUUGAAUCUAAUGUCAAGGUUUCUUCGGCUCUCAUAGAUAUGUAUUUGAAGUGUGGUUUUGUAGGACUUGGGAUUCUUGUCUUUGACAAUAUGUCCAACAGAAAUGUUGUGUCCUAUAAUUCAGUAAUUUCAGGUCUUGGUUUGCAUGGACUUGCUGUUCAGGCUUUCAAACUAUUUGAGGAGAUGAUAGAGACAGGGAUGAAACCUGACGAAUCUACAUUCUCUUCCCUUCUUUGUGCAUGCUGUCAUAGUGGCCUAGUCAAAGCUGGGCGGGAAGUUUUCAGGAGAAUGAUGGAUGAAUUUUGCAUCCAACCUAAAACUGAGCAUUACGUUCACAUUGUAAAACUCCUAGGGACGGUUGGGGAAUUGAAAGAGGCAUACAAUUUUAUCUUGUCCUUGAAACAGCCGGUGGAUUCUGGAAUUUGGGGAGCACUUUUAUCAUGUUGUCAUAGUCAUAGGAGUUAUGAGUUGGCAGAAAUAGUAUCCCAGCAUCUCUUUGAUAAUGAGCCCAGAAAAGGUGCCUACAGAGUGAUGCUUUCUAAUAGUUAUGCAGGUGAUGGGAGGUGGGAUGAUGUAAAGAAGAUGAGAGAUGAUAUGGACAAUGUUGGAGUAAGGAAAAUUCCUGGUGUCAGUUGGAUUGGAGGUAGUUGCAGUUAAUCAAUGAAAUGAUUGAUUGUAUCUCAGAUUGUCGUCAAAUCAGAUCAUGCACAGGAAGCUUUAUCCAGAGAUAUGUUGAGGAAACUAGAGAUGGUCAUUGGUGAACUGGGAGGAGACUUGGCACUGUGAUGACCAAUGGUUUUGCAGCAACAGCGGAAGUUAAACUCUUAUCAUCUCUCAUCCUUGAGCCUGCCACUUAAUGUAUGAACACGAGUUUUUCCUUAGAACCUCUCAUAUGCUGCAAUCUGACCCACAUGGAACAAUUGUAGAGGAAGCCUGCAGGCGUGCAAAAAUAUCAGCCUCACAAGCAAAAGAAGAUGAAUAUGCAGAAGAGAAGAGGAAGUAGAUGAGAUGUACACAAUUGUAAAAUAACAAAAAAAAAAAAAAAAAGGUGCUUGUUAAGAGAUAUUUUAGUAAAUGGCUGAAUGAAACCAGAGACUGCAGUGCAGAGUGUAGAGGCAGUAGGGCAUGCCCAUAGCUGCUUUUCUUGGUCUAAAUCCCAAACCAGAAUAAGACAAUAUUAAACUGAAAGAAGGGGG